AUGCCCACAGAGGUUUACGAGGGGAUCAUUGACGCAUUGGGGCCAGACUGCGCAUCCCUGGCCCAGUGUGCCCUCACAUGUCGUGCGUGGCUUCCUCGCAGCCGCUACAACCUCUACCGUAGGACCACCCUACGAUCUCAAGCGCAGCUGAGUUCAUUCUCUCAGACGCUGCACAACAGCCCCGUCGGAUCAGAGCCCUGUCCUGCGGACAUCGUGGAAGAGCUCAUCCUAUGGCCUAUGGGUAUCACACAGCGGAUGUUCGUUAAUUCGGCCUGCAUCACGCUCGCUGGAGACCUUCCACGCCUGAAGGAGCUCUCUAUAACCUUUGACCACGACCUGAGCCACCUCCGCCGGGCAAUGAGGCUCGAUUUUUCUCUCCCCAUACACAUUGCUUCAUUCCCAAAUCUGAAACGUCUACGACUCCAUAACACAGUGCUCAACUCCUUCAUGACUCUCGGCCGGGCCAUAGUUGCACUUCCGAACCUAUCCUCCCUCGAUCUUUCGUCCGUCAUCUGGAGGACAUCUGGGGCCAUGUCAUCCAACCUUCUCAUCCUCAAGGUGGGCUGCUGCAAGCUCGAGGACAUCACGAUUAGUGGACCCUGGAGAGGGAUGUCCGGAGUCUCUGCGAUCUUUAGGGCAGCCAGCCCACAAACGAUGAGGACCAUCGCGGUCGACGUCACUGCGACGGUAGCCUCCGAGGAGUUCGAAACCUUUCUGCAAUAUCUGCCAACCUAUACAUCUCUAACUACAUUCACCAUGACACUCGUGCCCUCCUCCGAGUCCUCCCACCACACUAAAGGACCCGCCAUCAUCGCACUGCUCAACAACCUUCCAUCGAUGCAGCGCCUGCGUCGCUUUACCCUGGAUUUCCCGCAUGGUUCUUACACCCAUGCGUCCACCGCACUCCUGCGCACCUUGGCUGAUAACAUGCCUGACCUGUCGGGCCGUCUCGAGCGCCUCGAAAUCCGCAUUCGCAUCCUGGACCUACCGGACAGGUCCGCCGACUAUUUGUGGCGGAGGAAGCCGGUCCCUGCACUCCUACCACCCUCCUUUUUCGAGUUUCAUGCUUUGUGGAAGCGCGGGAUUCUGAAGGUCGUCAUGAUCUAA